GUCCAACCCCGAUGAUGAAGUGAAGCUGGGUCCACUUAUCCUGACAGGAAUACCAGCGAACACAGGAAGAGCACAUACACAGCACGUUGUGGACGCUGGCUGGCUGGCUAGCUAGCUGGUGGCUGGCUAGCUGCCGCCGCGCCGGGCCAGGAGCAACUGCUGCGACAGUGGCGACUGCGGGUCUCUCAGCAGGCGUGGUAUCGAGGAGGCCGGCUUGUGAUUGCCACGGACGGGGCGUGCUGGAACCAGCAGCUGGGAUGGGCUCGCCGGGCCGGUCUGGGCAUCUACGUGGGCCCUCGGUGCGGCAACCUCAGUGCAGCUCUCCCCGGCAUGGAUCAAUCCAGUGGGCGCGCCGAGCUCCUCGCCAUCAUUCUGGUCUUCGCCGAGGCUGGCCGGCUGGGGCUGCAGGUGGAGAUCUUGACGGACUACGAGUGCGCCGCCAAGGCUUGGGCAGCGUGGAGCGGAGGCCCGUCCUUCCACCCCAGGGAGCAGCUGGAUCUUUGGCGCCGCCUGGAGCCCCUCGCGCGGGCGGCCCUCGCAGCAGGUUCCGCCCUCACCUGGGUCGCUGCGCACGGCCGUGCGGCGCACGAGCAGGAGCUGAGGUGGAACAAACUUGUUGACGACCUCGCCGUGCAGGGGUCCAAGCGGCACACGGGCCUCCAGCGCUUGACCCAGGCCAUCCGCCUGAAGGAGGCCAACCAGGAGAAGGCCCAAGCCGUUCAACGGCACAUGGUGCGCUGCAUCGUCCUGUGGGGCCGCCAGGAGGAGGAAGAGGAG